CCCUUUCUUGUUCUUUUCUCGAUGCUUCGGUAGAGCUCUGGAAAAUAUCAGAUUCUCAAUUUGAAAACAGUUUCGUCUGUGAAGGUAGUGAUUUGCAGUGAACAAUAAAAGUAAUUAAGAUUAUUCAAGUACUGGUAUAUACCUAAAGCUUUCAGUCACAAUGGCUCAGCAAACUAUUGACAAUCUCACUUUGGAUUUAGAGGAGCUUCGUCGGUUGGCAGAGGACGCAACACGAACUCGUGUUCAGCAGAUACUAUCGAUCGAAAUUCGCAAAUUGGAAACCGAUAUACAGCACAGGAAGAGUCUUCUGGCCAGUAAUGAAACGCCUCAUUCAUCAGAAGUCGCAAAACCACCGGCUUCACUUCCGGGUGAUUGCAAGCGCUACCAUGUCGAGCUGAAAGAGUACGCAUGGGAUCAAAGUGAUAAGUUCAUUAAAAUUUUCGUAACAGUGAAUGAUGUUCAGCAAGUUCCGGAAGAGAAUGUUAACGUUGAAUUCACCGAUAAUUCAUUCAAUCUUUUUAUUGGUAACCUUAAUAACAAAGACUACACAUUUGUGGUAAAACAUCUGCUGAAUGAGAUUGAUCCGGUCAAAAGUUACCGGAAGAUAAAGUCGGAUAUGGUUGCCAUCUAUCUCGCUAAAACAAAACCCACCAAAUGGGCUCAUCUUACGGUCACGGCCAAACGUCUGCAAGAUCUUAAGGAUGAGAGACUAUCGAAAGACACGAAGAGCGCCGAAGAUCCAACCGGGGGUUUGAUGAAAAUUAUGCAACAGUUGUACGAUAGCGGUGAUGCGGAAACCAAACAAAUGAUCAAUAAGGCUUGGCACGAGUCGCAGCACAAGAAAGCCGAAAUUGCCGGCGCCAAGAAUGAAGCGUAAAUUAGCUCAACAGGGUCCGAUUGUCUGGGCGGUCGUUAGUAGUCACCCGUUGGAUAGCUAAGCAUUUAACACUGAUAAUAUGAUAAGCGUAACGAAUAUUUCAUGUAAGAUAAUAAACAUUUGAUGUUGAUACAG